UAAUAGUAGAGCUCUGAUGAUUCGACGAUGUCCAACCAACAACUUAUCAGAAGAACAUUAUUGUCAUUGUACAAAGUCCAACCUAGAAGAUUAUCCACCAUGCCUACAUCCGUUAAUCAUUCAUUCAAAUUAACAUUUGAAGGCUGUUUGGGUAUUGUUAAUCUUGGCGAAGGAGAAAAACGGUUCAGCAACGAUUUUAUGCAGUCCUUCCAUUCAAUUUUAGAUCAGGUUGAAAGUAAUAAGUCUUGUAAAGCUUUAGUAACUACUGCAGAAGGAAAAUUUUACUCUAAUGGUUUGGAUGUGGAUUAUAUAGACAAACAAACUGUUGAAGCUAAACUAGAAUAUCUGAAGCAUGUGAGGAAUCUACUACAGAGAGUUUUAACUUUCCCAAUGCCAACUAUUGCUGCCCUAAAUGGUCAUACAUUUGCAGCAGGUGGUUUUUUAGCCAUAUCACAUGAUUUUCGGCUAAUGACAAAUGGAAGGGGUUGGAUUUCAUGGAAUGAAAUAUUUAUUCAUAGAAGAUUUACAUCUUUUCUUUUGGAGCUUAUGAGAAAUAAAUUAACAGCAGGACAAGCUAGAAAUCAAGCUUUGAUCUUUGGUAAACGUUUUACUGCAGAAGAAGCUAAAGAUUGUGGAAUUGUUGACGCUGUUACAGAACCAGCUAAUGUUUUAUCAGAGUCAAUGCAAUUCAUUAAUUCUGUUGUUGCUAAUAAAAACUAUGAUAGAGAUUUUAUGAAAGUAAUGAAAAGUGAUGUGUACAGUCAAGUUCUACAUGCCUCAUAUGAUUAUGUUAAAUCCCCACUAUGAUGUAAUAUGUGAACAGGUGUUUGCCUUUUAAUAAAAAGAAACUGUGAUCAAAUUUUAAUAAAUAAUCUACCUAAUGAAACUAAAUCAAAUAUUAUAGGCAUAAUAUAAUAAUGUAAAUUUAGAACUUAAAAAUAUGUUUCUUUGUGCAUAAUGAGUUCAUUCUGACAUCUAUUGUUUAUUAAAAUAUGCUUACAAAAUAUUUUGUAAGAUAUAUUGUUUUAUCAACAAAAUAUUUUUGCUAUGAUUUGGACAUAUUUUUCAAUCAAUAGUUAUGUAGAAUCCCAACUAUUGUGGAAAUAGUUAUAAAGUGUAAUGCCAGAUUUUGUUGCCACAUUAAUAACGUAUAUAUAGGGUGUUAUGUACGAAUACUUAAUUCCCUAAAAUCAUUGUGAACUUCAAAUCUGUACCCUUAUCAGUGUGUUAGCUAAGAUAUACUGAGCGCCAUGGAAAACGCAUCACUUAGUUUUUCGUAUAACAAAAUGGUCCUGUAAACAUAUCUUAUUUAUUUUGCUUCUUAUUGUGAACAAUAUUCAAAUGGGAACACAUCAAUAACAACACAUUUGUACACUUAUGGAUGUUUAAUCUGUAAUCAACGGUACAAAGUCAGAGGGGUCAAAACCAAAAGUAUGACACAGAUAUCAGUAGCGUGUGUGUCCUCCACGGGCUCUUACGCACGCUGUGCAGCAACGUCGCAUGGAAUUUACCAAUGUUUGAAAGAAGGCCUGGGGAAAAUUGUUCCAUUCUUGGACAAGAGCAGCUUCUAAAGCAGCAAUGGUGUGCAUCUGUGGUCUCCGAUACAGACGGCGUCCAAUCUCAUUCCAGACAUGUUCUAUCGGUGCCAUGUCCGGAGACAUGGCUGGCCAGUCCAAGACAUUGAUGUUUUUAGCAGCCAGGUAGUCCAUACUAAAACGGGCGGUAUGCGGACGUGCAUUAUCCUGUCGGAAGUGCUGAAGUUGUGGGUGCGCUCGAAACAUCGGAACAAUAAUUGGUUGCAAGACAGCAUUAACGCGACCACUGCAAAUGUGUAGGGCGGUCAGGUGAUGAAAUUUGAAGCCUCCCCACACCAUUACACUUCCCCCACCCCAUCGAUUCGUCUCCCCAAAACGUCUCCACACACGUUGACGGCCAUCAGCGUGAUAAAGAUGAAAGCGACUCUCAUCACUGAGGAGCACACUUUGCCAGUCUACUCUUCUCCAUGUCUGGUGUCCUUUAGCCCAUAUCAAACACCGCUGACGGUGAGGAUCCCUGAGGAUAGCUCCAACAUAAGGUCGUCGUGCACAGAGUCCUACUUCUCUUAGACGACGUCUUACGGUGUUGGCACUUACUGGUCCUUGUCUUCCGACGACUGCUGCACCUGUUCGAGUCGCUGGGCGGAAUCUGUCACGCAGAUGAGUUACCCGGAUGCAUUGGUCUUGAGCCUGGGUUGUAACGCGUUGUGGACCAGGACGUUGACGGUCACGUGUUGAUCCAGUAACUCGAACAUGUUCCACCAACCUUACAAUAGUGGACUGAUGACAAUUGAAGUGUCUGGCAAUAGCACGUGUAGACAUGCCAGCCCUGGACAUUCCCAUAGCUUCAUUCCGUUGAUUUUCAGUAAGUCUCGGCAUCUCUAGCUCGAUUCCUUCACACGUCCAACAACAAAUUACGACAGAUUGACGUUUCACAUUUCAUGUACUGCACAUUAAGUUGAAAACAUGCUUUUAAAGGGCUCACACACAAUGCUGCACAUGAAUAUUGGGUAUUUCAUGUGCAUCUCGUGCAAUUUUUUUUUUGCACACGGGCCGAUAUUUUUUGCGUUUGGGAGCAUUGUGUGAAACAAUAGUUUAUAGUAUUGCAUAAUAUUAUACAUACAAAACCACCUAGUAAUAAAAUAUUUGGGAAAAAAAAGUGAUGCGUUUUACAUGGCGCUCAGUAUAUUUAUUAUAAUUUAUGAAGGCAUAAUGUUGAUGACAGAUUAUAAAUGCCAUCUAUUCUCAUAUAAUGUGCUAUCAACAAUUAUGUCAAAUGUUAACUUUAAAACUAUACACAAUAAAAUUUAAUAAAAUAAUCAAUCCUAACAUUCA